AUGACUACCUACAAUGUUGUUGCCAAUCCAACCGUGCAGCUAAAGACGGUGAAACCACAACACACUGCCGUUCAGUUUCUCAAUGUGCGCAACGACCUUGACAAGGUUAAAGUUCUUCAUAAUAUCACCAAACGAUACCCACAGAUUGUCGCACUGGACGACUACUAUUGUCAGCGGACAAAGACUGAGUAUGAUGCGUGGUUGGCCUCUAACAAGACCAUCAAGUACAUCAACACGGACCAAUGGUUCUCGUACCAGGCGCUGGCAGCCAGCUCAGUGCGCAUGAUCAAGACGUGGGACAUGGACAACCAACAUCAAAACGAUCCUCAAGGUCGUGACGAUAACCUCGACAUGCUGUUUGGCAUACUACAAGAGUGCAAGAAUCUGAUCCAACUGUCAUGGUAUCGCAAACUUCCAAAGUUGACCAACGAGCAGCACUCACGACUAUUACAACUCAUACGAACCAGCACCGUUCGAUUCAUUGAGAUGUCAAUGAGUAGCCUCACGUUGCAAGACAACAAAGUGAAUGACUCCAUCAUCAAGGCCAUAUCACUGUCCUCCAAAGGCUACCUACGUGCAAUCAGCUACUCCCAUGACUUUCUACUUCUAAACACAAUCUAUUGGGAUAAAUAUCUCUAA